GUGCGUGGAAGAUUUGAACGUAGUCCCGCGAAAUAUAAGUUUAAAAAAACGGAGAGACGUUCCGAGCUGCAACGUCGUCGUCAUUCUCCUUUGCAUUUCCGUUUAAUUUCGUGCACGACGGCGUAGAAUGGAUCUCACAAGUGCGGCGAGCAACGAGAGACGGCAAGUUCAACGAAAUUUUGUGGACAAGUGCGUGUAAUUAGAUGCAACUCCGAACGCGUAUAAUCGGGAUAAUCCCCGUUGCGGGCCCAAUAGGCCUCGGUUUUUGCUUUGGAAGAGAAACUGCGGAGACUGAUUGUUGCAUCUCGAACUCGACGCUGUCGAAACUCGGGAGAGAAUGCACGAGGCUGCACGUUGGUAGCAAUGCAGUACAAAUGUUUGCUCUUUGUUGCCAUUGUUGAGACGCAAUAGUGCACCCAAAGGAGGAUAGCCUUGCUCAUCUCGCUCUUUUUCUUGGAGCUGCGAUGCCGCUGAUGCCUCGACGAGAGGAUCACCUGGUUAUCGUGAAGUAUAUUCGGCGCAAUCAUGGAAGCUAUGCUACCGUCCGAGAUCGCCCGACUGGUGCUCGGUUAUCUCGAGGAUCAGAAGUGUGUUGAGGCAGCUAAACUGUUUUUAGAGACGUCUCCGCACUUGCAAGAAUGCCGUGCAGUACUCUCUUGUGGAAGGAGAUUCAGCACUAGAGUCAAUGGUUUAACGUUGAUGGACAUAGUUGAAAAGUUUUCAGCUAUCAGUUCUAUAAUUCAAGAACGAUUAAACAAAGCCAGUGACUGCGAACAAGUGAAGCAUUGUGGAGAUUUGAUAGAGCAGCUCAAGUUUCUUAUAGAAGAGCCACGUGGUCAGCGAUUUGUUGUAAACAUAAAUGUACCUUCUCAGAGUAACGCACAAACAUCAAAUGGCUCACCCAUUGCUGCAAGUAACAUGCGUAAACGGCAUUAUAGUAACAGUGAACGGAUUAAACGCAGCAUUAGAUCCCAGUUGAAUCCAGUGCAACAAUCUGUUGUCAUGAGUCCACCAGCAAGUUGUCAUAAUGUUGACACAACUCCAUUAGAAAGUCUGCCUGGAAAUGUAGAUUUGUUGAACCAGAUGGAAUGCACCAUUCAUACAGUCGAGAAGAGAGAUGACAGUUCCAUGCAGGAACCUCACAAGCAAUGUGAUUUUGAGAAAAUUAGUACCAAUAGUAUUAGUACACAUAAUAAAAAUAGCAGCACUCGGAUAAGUUCAGACGAUGUCUCGAGCGUACGAAGUUGUGAAAUGGACAUUGAUGAUAAAAGAAAGGAAGAAAAUGCAACUAAUACAACACCCAAACGAUAUACUGCAGCCACAAGUACAGAAGAGUUAUUAAGUUUCUCUAGUAGAGAAGUUCAAACUAUUCCUUAUGAGAUACCUGAGUCAGAGUCUGAAUCUAAUGAUGAGCCUAUUGAAAAUCUCAGUAUAUUAAUGAAAGAAAUGUUGAAUCGUACAGAAUUACAGGAAUGUAUUGCAGAGAAUAUCAACAAAGCAAUCAUUCCUACAGACUUAUCCUUGAAGGAGAACGAGAAUUUAAACGAAUCGCUUGGCAAAGGAAACACUUCGAUUAUGGCUGAGAUAAAUGAUAUUAAAUCAAUUGUUGAAGCAACAGAGGCCGAUCCUAUAUUUGAAAAGCUUCUAAUUGAUAUUAUUGGACCAAACGCAGAAACGGAUACAAGUCCAGAAGAUGAUGGUGAAGGAAAGCUAAGCCCAAAAUCUGUUAAUGAAGUACAAAAGAAACACGUGGAAACAGGUAUGGACAAUAUUAGUUCACCAGAGCCAGUGGUAAUAGAUAAUAAAGUAUCGGCAGAAAACGAUACAGCGGAUGUGCCUUUAAAACACAGACUUCGCAGUUCUUCGAGACAACAAUAUAACAGAAUUGAAGAUGAAGUUGACAAAGUGAGAGAUCAAGAGAAAGAUCAGAACUCUUUAGAAGAUCAAAAUGCAGCAGCGAUAUUGAGUAUUAUAAAUGCCAAUAUUACAAAUGCAUCUGACAGUAAUAAAAAGACUCUUGAUGUAAAAGAAAUAAUAACUAUAAAUGAUGAUGAACAAAAAAUGCAAACAAUGACAUCUACAGUAAAUGAGGAUAAUAUUAUAAAGCCCUUAACAGCGAUAGAUAUACAGAAAACUGUAAACAAUAAUGUUGUGCCACCUGUAAGUAAUAAUUUACAGGCAAAAGUUAAAAAGUCGACGGUAAAACGACCGAAACCUACGAAAUCUAAACGCGAUCAACAGGCCAGUAAUAACCAAUCCAGUUCUCUUCAGUCCGUAACGGAACACGAACUGAUGACUAUGCCAACGUUGAUAGUAUGUUCGAAAGACGAGAUGAAUAAUUUUUUGAUAAAUCGCUCAUCAACUAUAACAUCAACUUCCACUUCGCGUUUUAUUCCAAUCGCUCCAAAAGAUCCAAACGGAAUCACAGAAACUGUGGAGACUUUGUAUCUAAGGACAGUAAAUGUAGCACAACCUGCGAAUCAAGUGGAAUUAUUACAAUCAGCAAGGGAAAAUGGUAAUGUAACAAAACGAUUAAAAACCAUUCACAAAACGGAUGCGACAGUACCCAUUAUCACUAUUGAUCAACAGGUAUUAAAUUUACACCCGGUAAAACCGUUGCAAACUAAUAAUGUCGUCGGAAGUGAAUCAAUAACGCUUUACAGCAACGAGACCAGCGCUAAAACCUCAUUAAAUGACACUCACAUGCCUACGAUCAAUCUAGAGGAGAAUAUCAGCCUGUCGGACAGUGGAUUUUCUCCAUAUUUAAAGUUCAACUGUAACAAGACCAAUCAGAGUCACAGUCUCUCAGACAUUGAUUUGGCACCCGUGAUCGAGAAUGUAGGGAACAACGCUAUGGCAAAUAACAUGAAAAACGAGCCGUCGCCAAAAAACGUCGAUAUUAUUACUAAACGUACGCCGAAAUCUCUAUUAAAAAGUAGAUCCAAGAAUCAUAGAUUAAGCUUGUCCACGCCGCGCAAGCGAAGCAGUCACAUAAGGGCGCUCGACUUUAGCACCCCUACGAGAACGAGUUCUACCAGGAAAACAAGUGGGGAUGGAAACGCCAAGUUCUCAUCUAACAGUUCGUCGGCGAAACGUUUAAAAUCUGUUUGUAGGACUUCAUUAUUUAGAUCACCGUCACUUUCCAAUACUUCUUCUCAAAAGCAAAAGAGUCCGAUGAAACUUAGUCAAUCUUAUAGAAUCCCAAUAGCUACUAGAAGCCCCGCGCCAAAACUCAUGGGUGGUUGGGACAAGUUUAAUGGUGUCGGUGUUAUUAUAGGUGAGGUAUCUCCACAUGGGAGUACCAGUGCAUCUUGUUCCUCCUCUGAGGAUAAGAUUGUUCAACACAAACCUUUAGUUAAACCUAAACUCUUAGCGGGAAAUUGGGACGCUGAUUUACGCAAAAGUAUAGAAUCGAACACGAAACACGAGGCAGACGAGCCAGAGACUAAGAAAUCUGUAAAGAGAAAAAGAAAUAUCAUCAAGGAUAAGGACAACGUGACAUGUAAGAAAGCUAAGUACAAUUCACGAUCAGCUAAUUACGACAAAAAAAAGAGUUGUGAUAAAUCGAAAGUGAAGUUUAAGAAAGAUAUCGACAAACCCGAAGAAGAUUGUCAAGAAAACACAAAACUAACAGAGCCGCAAAAUAAGGAGAAGGAAAAUACAAUGAAAAUCAUUGUUAAUACUGUAGAUUCUAUUACAAGUAAGCCUGACAAAAUUUUGACCAGUAUUUGUGAGACACCGGCAGUAAUAAACGCGCCCAACGGCGACGCGGCGGCAACGGUUGAGAAGAAACCUGUAAAAAAGUAUGCACAAUUAAAGACAAUAUCAACAAAUUUACGAAAAUCCGAUAAUGAGAAAGAGAAGAACAUGGAAGUAGCGCAAGUCAAUUCGCAAGUGUCUGAAAUCUCGAGAAUCUUAGACAAUACGCAGCAUAUCUUGCGAUUGCCCGAUAUGAUAAAUUUGGAGACACCCAGAAAGUUCGACAACAUAUCUGGUCCACCACCGACGCCGAGAGUGCUAAGUCCCAAUAGCAAUUUAAUUACGCCGUUUAUCAAAACCAGCGAGGAUUCCUCGAAAAUGCGUAGUUUUAUCGCCACCCCGGAAUUCCCGAUAACUCCAGGUGUAGCUUUAACCCCGAAGGAAGAGACAACCAGAGAUAUUAUAAAAAGGGGCGAGUACAAUUCCCCGUACUACAAACCUACCUCCGAGCAGGCCGAGAAUUCCGAUUUGAAGAUAUCUAAGUCUAAAGACAACAGCAUAAAAGAAUCACCCAUUCUAUCUUCAUCACACAUUAAAUUACAUUCGACGCACAACAGUGUUUCUUCAGAUAAUGCUUACCAGAUGUGUACCUCUUCCAAACUAGAGAUAACAGAAUUCGAGGUGAUUAAGGAGAAUUUACCGAGGGAUGAGGCUAUUAAAGAGUUCAAAAUUGCAUCUACUUCUAAAGAUUCGGGAAGCGCAACUGAACUCAACACUUCCAUUGUAAUAGAUCACGUGGACUUGAUACAGAUAAAUGAAUUUAAAAGCGAGCAGAGAGAAACAGUAAUUGAUAUCAAUAAAAACGAUUCUCAUAAUGACUCUAUAGAAAGUAGCUCCUCAUCCUCCGAUACGUCAUCGUCAUCGUCAUCGUCGUCAUCAUCGUCGUCUUCAUCAUCUACAUCUAGCAGUUCGAAUACAUCAAAUACAUGUUCACCAAACGAGAAAUGUGACAAAGCUUCAAGUAAAACAAGUACAGACAUCAGUAGUGAUAUUGUAGAAAAAAAUGCCAACAUACCGAAAAAUACAAACGCUGUAUUAACAAAUAUAUCAAGUGAUGUAUGUAAAAAAUCAGAUAAUGCGAUUAAAGCGGAGUCUUCGCCAAAGAAAGUAUUUGCAAUCGCAAAAACGGAUGAACAGCUGAAGAAUACAUUGAAAGAAACUCCGGCAAAAGAUGAGACUCUAUUAAAUGAAGCCGAUAUUUCGGAAACACCUAGCAGCUCAAAAACCGGAGUAGAAAUGAUUAACUUGACUACAAAAAUAUCGGCGAUUAUGACGGAAGACGAAAAAUUAUCGAAAUCAAAUAAUUCGUCAAAGGGCAGUAAUAAAGUACAAACUAACGUACCGAAAGCAUUGCCAAAGAUAAUAGAUAUACAAUAUAUUCCUCCAGGAUCAUCAACAUUUAUCGAGUCUCUGAACAAAAGUAAAAAUAAAUGUCAAUCUGAGUGUGAGGAAAACGCGCCUGUGCAUAACAAAUUCAUGCAUAGGCAGCUAUUAGAGGAAAAACGACAACGCAUUAUAGCUAAAAUCAAAGAUAAUUCAAAACUGAAUAGUGGGACAAAGCGUAAGUGUAUUUUAACGAACAAAACUGUCGACGUUUUAAAAAAGUUUGGCAGAGGAAAACGAAUUAUACGACCACCAGCAAAGUAUUCCAGAGAUGUUUAUAAGAAUAAUACAGAGCCACAAGAUAAUCGACGGAAAACCACAAGAAAAAGUUCGCGAAGAAAAUGUGAAACGGAAAAUCACGAUCUCGCGAACCAAUAUGAUAACGAGGAAAAACCGACGGACCAAAUUAUCGAAUCGAAAAGUACUGACUUAAUGAAUUACGGAAAUAAUGGUAAUAAACCGCCCGAUGAUCACAAGACAGAACAAUUACACAAAAACGUUUGUGACAUGGAAAAUAAUACAGUUCAAAAUGAUAAGAAAAUCGAGUCCGCGCAAUUGCAUAAUUUCAUUUCGGAAGAUCAAGAUUGUUUAAAAAAGAUAUCAGAUGAUCAGAAGAUUACGGAGAAAAAUGGCAGUAUUAAAAAUAAUGUAAUCAGUAAAGAAGAAACAGUGGAAACACUUAAAAAUGCGCAAGAAAAAAUUUUGAAAGAAACGAAUUCAGAGAAAUGUAUCGUUGCGCAAGAAACAUUAGCUCUGGAUAAAUUGAAGCACGAUCAAAUGGAGGAUAAAACAAGCAAAUUGAGACAAUUUUCAAAUCAUGUUGAUAAAUCUGAUUACAAAAUAUUAAGAUACAAGGUAGAUCAAGUGAAACGCGACUUAUUUAGUGACGAGGAGAAUGAUUGCAAAACAUCUUCCACCGUGAGUGCAACAGAUAAUAAAGUUAAGAAAAUUACCGAAGUUCAAAAUUCUAAUGAAGUUCCAGACAAGGAGAAUGCUAAUGUUGAAAAUCCCAAGCAAGAAUUGUCGAACGUUCUCCAGUGUUUACAAUUAGUACCCGCGUCUAAGAAGGAGCACUUGGAUAAUGGUAAAAGUCAAAUCGAACAGCAACACAAAGAACAAAGUGAACUUGAAAAUGAAGGCGAUAACGAAUCGCAUCCGACAGCCGAUAUUCAUAAUAAUAAAACCGAGUAUCACUUUAUAUAUGACGACAGUGUACCGAUGAGAAAGAGAAGGAGGAGAUAUAGUGGGCAUGAAUUACAGAUUGAAAUAAAUUAUGCCGAUCUUUCGGAUCCAAACCCCGUUGAAUGUAUCAAGAUAAUGAAGGCUACCGAGUUCGAGGAAAUAUUUAAUCUCCCGCCUAAGAAAGGAGGCAAAAAAUCACGCACGAAAAUUAAAAAAGUUUGCGAAAGGCCCAACUUCCAGAUGGACAAGGACGCUCCUAAUUUAAAAGACGAUAUCGCGAAACCCCUAGCUACGUCAUCUCCUGUAGAUGAACCAUCAAGAGCUAAAACGAAGAAAAUGAUUAUUAAAACUACUACAAACAAAACUAAUAACAAUGCGCAAGCUGAGACGAAAAAGAAGCAGAAGUCAGAUAAACAUCAAGAAAAAGAUGUUACUACCAAAAAUCGAAAGAAAAAACUGUUAGAAGCAAAAGAAACAAAACAGAUUGAGAAGAAAUGCCCCACAGAUCCACAAAUGUUACUCAGUACCUUAAAUGAAAUAGACCUAAAUAAAUUCUUGACUACAGUUCAUGGACCUGAAUAAAUGCUCUCUUUAGUGUACAUAUGUAUAAAAAAUGUAAAUAAUAAUUUUUUCUAUUUUUCUAUACUAUA